AGCAUCUUUCCGGCGAUAUCCUGCAUCAAGCUUCAGUUAGAAGGAAGUCGAGCGAUGAGAACGGGGGAUGGAGGAUGUCAUGUCGCGACACGAUAUAAAGGUAUGCCCUAUGAAGAUGUUCCUCUUGUUGAUGCAUAUUUUAAGUGUCACCUUCCAGCCAACACUAGCAACAACACCAUUUAUAUCCCGGGUCUACCAGGUAGAUGAGAAUCGUCGCCUUUCUCGAAUUUUAAUUGACAGAACUAAUUUAUUUGUCGGGGGCAAAAACAUCCUCCUUAAUCUGUCGGAAGACCUUGAAGAGCUACAGACACCGUACAGGAAGCUUGGUCCAGUAACUGAAAGUUAUGGUGAGAAGUGCAAAGGACCCCUUUACAGAGAUGGUGAUUGUAGCACGCGACGUGUUGACAAUACAGUGAGUGUAUUAGCCGUCUAUGACACUGGUCCGAUACUGGUUUGUGGUUCAGCAUUACAAGGACUAUGUUCGGCGCAUUUAAAGUCUAACAUUUCUGAUUGGUCUUAUUUAACUCACGACAUUAACGAAGGAUUUUUCAGAGACAGCCUUCUAGGAUCAAGUGCAGGUAACAAUGUUGUUAUUGUCAUUGACGACCGGAAUAAAUAUAUCCACUAUGUUGCCAGGGGAUUCGAACAGAAAGCAAAUGGAUUCCAUUCUCAUAUUUUCUCAGUGUUGGAAUUAAGAUCGAAUUACAAUAAGCACUACCUCCGUCACAUCGACAAUUCGGCUGGAGAAGGACAGAUGUAUAUGAACCUAAAUAGGUCAUACGAAGGAAAUUUCACCAUGGACAUGGUAUUUGGUUUUGAAACAAAGGAUUUCGUGUUUUUUAUAUUCAACCGUAACCCAGAACCGAAUACCGGCAUACUGGAAGCCAGAGUUGCCAGAAUUAAAAAGAGCUGUUCGUCGGAACUUUUUCAAACAUAUAUCGAACUUCCAAUAAUGUGUAAUUUUGAAAACGUACUCAUGGGGAGACAACCUGCCUUGUCGGGCCAUCUACAUAUCAGUCCAGAAAAUAAACAGAUUCUUUUCCUUGCGUUCUACAAUCAAGCAACUGGGGGGUCCAGUGUAUGCGCCUACCCAGUACAAAAAUUCGAAGUUAAUGAUAACUUCGCAUUUGCAAAGGUGGAUUGUAGAAACGGCUUCGGCAAUGACGUCCACAAACCGGUUUGGGUUGCUCACCAAAAUCAUCUGUGCACUCAGGACAAGAAAAUUGACAGCUCUGAAUGUGGUUCCUAUGAUUACCGGGGUUUAGCGACUACCAGAUAUCCGUAUAAAAGCAAUAGGAUUAUUUCCCUGGAGAAGCAGAAGAUUGAAACAAUAUUUGUGUCCCAUCUUUCCCCGGCUCAGAACCCUGUAGUCCUGCUAGGCACUAGUGACGGAUUCCUGUCCAAGGUACAGGUAAGCAGUGGGUACAACUCUAUUGCACAAAGCAGAAAGUACGCGACGUUUGACCUCAGCGGUGACAGAUCAGUACCAGUUGAGAAGUCGCACGGCGUUGAUAACAGCAAGCAGCAUUUAUACCUCCUUGUGGACAAUAAGGUUAUGAAGAUAUCUAUAUUUUCCUGUGGUAUCCAUACCGACUGUGAUGCCUGUGUGACGUCUUUGGAUCCUUUGGGGUGCGGUUGGUGUGGAGAUCAUUGCACCACGCAGAAUGGCUGCAUGAAUCACCUAUGGUAUAACAAUACCUGUCCUCCUGAGGUAUUCAAGAUUUUUCCAAAGAAUGGGACUACAGACGGACACACGAAGGUGACAAUACAGGGACGGUACUUCAACCACUCUGAAGGAGGGAAUUUACAUGUGUUUAUUGGUGACACUGAGUGUCUGGAGCCUGACUUCAAUAUAUCCAGCAUCGUGUGUGAGACUGCCGUAUCCAACAAAAGUGACAAUGCUUCGGUAGUCGUUAAAAUAUCAAACAGCACACACAGCAUGCAGUCAAUCUCAAAGAAUACCACGUUUGAGUUUCUGAUACCUUCACUCGACGACUUCCAUCCCAAACAUGGGCCAAAGUCCGGAUCUACGUCCUUAACUAUCACAGGACAGAAUCUGGACAUAGGAUCAUCGUUGGCUAUAGACGUGUCCGACUCGCAAUCUGUUUGUGAAUUGGAAAGGGUGGAAAAUGACAACGUUGUCUGCCGAUUGACUCGAUGGACGUCUACAAACUCUGGCUCUGGUACCAACCAGCCAUCUUGUCUUGGUUCCGGCCCAGUGGUGGUGAACAUAGAUGGGACCGUUUUGGAAUCCAUCAAGGACUUCUGUUACAUGGCUGAUCCGGUCAUUACCAACAUAAAACCAGUGUCUACAACAAUUGGGGGUGGAAGAAUCGUGUCUGUCACCGGAGAAAACUUUGAUGCUAUAUCGAUGUCGAGUUUACAGAUCGUCGUGAGGAACAACCAGUCAGCCACAGAGGUGACAACACAGGAGUGUGAAGUGGUCAACCCCACGUUGCUAGAGUGUACUUACCCCAGUCUUGCAACCCUUCUGGCCAGUGUACCCUCAGGUGUUAGUGGAAGUUUAACCCUCGUGUUGGAUGACGGCUUUCCCGUAGGAAACGCCAACCGGAGAAUCAUGGUCUACAACGAUCCGGUCCUCUACCCCGUCACACAAAAUAUAUCCUUGGACAACGAAAACAGAAUUUUGAUUCUAAAUGGGCGUUAUCUUACCAUGGCAUAUGACGCCAGAGAUUAUAAUGUGACCAUUGAAGGCGUACGCUGUCCAGUGAUAACGUUAGAAAGUGACAGACUGCUAUGUGACAUGUCGUAUGUCCUGACUAAUUUAGGGGCCAAUCGGAAUAAUAAACUGCACCAUGUGAAGGCGAAGGUAGGUCCGUUUCUGAUGGAACUUGGAGAUCUGAAUAUUACUGUACACACGAGACUACCCCUUGUCGCUAGUCCCGGCUAUCAGAACUGGCUUUGGACUGGUAUUGCCAUUAGUUUUGUCUUCAUCCUCGUCAUCGUGUGUAUCAUUUUGAGGAAAAAAGGGAGGAGCCGGAAGAGACGAAGGGGCGGCUACAGCACCAAUAAUGAUUUGGAGGGGGCAAUGACCUUCCAGAACCUGAUGCGGAUCGAGACAGAUGAGCCUAGUUCAGUUCCAAACAAUUACAUCCACAUUGGGUAUGAGGAGGGGGCUACUGGAGGCGAGCCACCUAACCUGUUCGUGGACCUGGGAACUAUAGACAUGCUACAGAAACAACACCUUCUUGUCAGCAGAGACAACCUGCUUCUAGGCGAAAGUUUGGGACAUGGUCAGUUCGGGUGUGUUUAUAAAGGCUAUCUGUCCAAGCCCGGAGAAAAGGGGGAGGAACUCGUGGCUGUCAAAACGAUUUUAAAAACGUCUGCAAAAGAAGUGGAUAUCGGAGAAUUCAUUAACGAAGCGUUGAUGAUGAAGGACUUUAGGCAUCCCAAUGUGCUGUCUCUGAUCGGCGUGUGCGUAGACAAGGGAGAGUUCCCACUAGUCAUAUUGCCUUUCAUGGAAAAUGGAGACCUGCUGGCCUAUAUCAGAGAUGAACAAAAUAUGCCUCUCGUGAAGGACCUGGUUUUCUUUGGCCUCGACAUUGCUCAAGGAAUGGAAUACCUGGCAUCAAUCAAAUUUGUCCACAGGGACUUGGCUGCAAGAAACUGUAUGCUGGAUGAACAAUUUAUAGCAAGGGUAGCUGACUUUGGGUUAUCCAGAGACAUCUACUCCUCUCACUACUACACUAGCGACAACAAGAAAAAACUGCCAGUUAAGUGGAUGGCCCCAGAAUGUCUUGAGAAGGGCAAAUACUCCGCCAAGUCUGAUGUGUGGUCCUUUGGCGUGGUUCUGUGGGAGCUGAUCACCAGAGGAGCCAAUCCGUAUGCCGCUGUCGACAACUGGGAUAUGUACAAGUACCUGAAGGAGGGUCGCCGUCUGCCCAAACCUCCCUUCUGUCCUCCAAGACUGUUUCAGAUGAUGGAGAGUUGUUGGAAUUUCACUCCUUCUGGGCGCCCUUCAUUUCGUGACAUUAUCAAAGAAAUCAAACGUCUGCUGAAAGAAAGCGAAAAGGAGGAAAACAGCAUCUGUGACGUCACCGUUGACCUGGAAAGUGCGACUAUCGCCUCGUGACAUUUGUUGGUGUAAGACCAAACUAAGUUUAGCUAACAUGAUUACACCGAUCCCAUACAAUCAUAAUCAACUUUACAUUCUCAUUUAUGGUCCAAUUUUGAAAAAUGCACACUAUGGUUUGUGUGUACUACGGGAAAUCAGCAGCGGUUAUCACAAAUAACCUUUUGGCGAAUGAUGAAGACCUCGUUAGCUUAGAAAUAUAAUUAUUUUAAACUGUCAAAGGUUACAAAACUAGAUAGCCGUCUCUGAAGCGACAAAAACGCACAAACAAAUGAAAACGGACAUGACUUAUAAUAUGUGAGAACGUUAUACAUGAUGAAAUCUUUCAUUAAGACAAUGUUGUGCUUGAAAUAUAGUUGACAAAUCCGUGGCAAACUAUCUAAAGGGACUUGAUAAUCGUUUUCAUCAGUAUAAAUUACGGAAUCGGCAGUUACGAUUCAGUUUGCAUGUGCUCUUUAUAUUGUAUAAGAAUCCGACAAGUUAAGACAGAAAGUUUUGGCAAUACAGUGGAGACAAAACAGCUCCCCAAAGCACAGAACUUUGACGAUAUCAAAUAUUCUGGAUGAAAGAACGAUUUUUUGUAUAACCUAGACUCUUGUGGUGUAGCUAAAUCCGUACUCAAUGUGACUACCAAGUGAAUGCAUGCCUAUUGUUGUAUUACAUUGUGUUGGUGUACAUAUAUUGUUUAUUAAUGUGGGUGUUUUUUAGAACUGUCUAUUAUUGUAAUACUAUACAUGUUCAAUCAUAACAUAUUUGUUAACAUUAUAUAUAUGUAACAGAGCGCAUGAUUAAUUAAAUAUGAAUCACUACCUCCGCAUGGGAUCGAA